AUGAAUGCAACAGUGGAAGCUUUGGCCUUCCUUCUGGGGUUUCUGGCCUGGCUGAUGGUUGGGAUCGCCAUUCCAAAUCGCUACUGGAAGGUCUCUACAGUGGACGGUAACGUUAUCACCACAUCAACCAUCUAUGAAAACCUAUGGAUGUCCUGUGCAACUGACUCUACAGGAGUUCACAACUGCCGGGAUUUUCCAUCUUUGCUCGCACUUAAUGGGUACAUCCAGGCCUCCCGGGCGCUCAUGAUCGCUGCCAUUGUGUUCGGGACGUUCGGGCUCGUGGCGACUCUCGCUGGAAUAAAGUGCUCAAAAAUAGGAGGAGAAAACUACAUCCUGAAGGGAAGGAUCGCUGCCAUUGGAGGAGUGUUCUUUUUACUGCAGGGGAUGUCCACCAUGAUUGCUAUAUCGUGGUAUGCUGCCAACAUCACACAGCAGUUCUUUGACCAGUUUUAUCCGGGGACAAAGUAUGAGAUCGGAGAGGGUUUGUAUAUCGGCUGGUCUUCAGCCACACUCGCCAUGUGUGGAGGUGCAUGUCUGAUGUGCGCUUGCAAAGUCAACACACCCGAGGAAAAAAUUCCAUAUCCAUACCAACCGUCCUCCAGAGGACAUGUGCAGUCGCCUGUGGCAAUGUCCCAGUCUGUCCCCGGUAACUAUGGUCGAAACGCAUAUGUCUGA